AUGCAUACUGAUGACAUCGUGUUGAAGCGAAUUCCGGCCGAAGCUCGAUCGGCAACCGUACUAAUAGGCGGUUUUAUAGCCAUGCUUAGUUUUGGUGUUGUCUACACAUUCGGAAAUUUGUUGCCUUAUAUGGUGUCGUAUUUUCGAUGGAAGAGCGAUCCAAACAUGACAUUUGGACAUUUAAUAUGGUUACAGACGUUGUCAAGUAAAUUCUUAAUGGGAUCACUUGUUUUAACAAAAGCGGCUGUUUUCAGAACAGGAAUAGCCAUGACAUCCAUUUCAAUUCAGUACUCAUUUGGUAUGGUUCUACUUACAAUGGGAUUUAUCGCAAGUAUGGGUGGAAGUAUAGCCUACAAUGCGAUACUAACCACAGCACAACGAUGGUUUCCAGACAAUGUUGGCUUGGCCGGUGGGAUGAUAGUGGGAGGUUACGGUUGCGGUGCAUUCAUUCUAUCACCUCUACAAACUGCAUUUAUCAAUCCACAUAACUACAGAGUGAACAGCGACGGUUUCUUCACGCAGGAAGACCUUCUCAAGAAGGUCCCACAUGUAUUUAUUGUGAUGGCAGUGUUGUUCGUAUUGCUACAGACAGUCGGACUGAUUUUUGUUGGCGAACCAAUAGAGCAACCAACUGUAGGAAAUGACAUACUAAGCAUAGAAAGCACGGAAAAAUCUACUGCCACACAACUGAAGUCAACCACGUUCUGGAUUUUAUUCAUCUCUUUAACUUGCAACAGUUUAUGGGUUCAGUUAGUUAGUGGCUUGUAUAAGGCUUACGGACAACAGUACAUCCACAAUGAUUUAUUCCUUUCAUUUGUCGGCUCACUGGCCUCAGUAUUCAAUGCGUGCAGUCGAGUUAUAUGGGGAGCCAUCGCUGAUCAAACAUCCUACCAGUUCUCUAUGACUAUUGUCUGCACAAUGGGUGCAUCACUCAUAUGGCUCUUACCGGCAGUUCGUGAGACCAACAAUCAAAUGGUUUUCCUAGUUACGAUAUGUGCCAUGUUCACUUGUAUUGGUGGAACAUACUCGCUCUUUCCAUAUAUCACGAAUAAACACUUUGGCAGCAGCAACUUUGGUGUUAUUUACGGAUUUAUACAAUGUUCCUUGCCGGUUGCCGGCGUGCUGGCUGCUUUACUGUCGCAGUUCGCUCUGCCACUAUUCGGAUACGACAUGCUCUUCAUGAUCAUGGGAUGUUUCAUGGCCUGUUCACUUCUGUUAACUUUCAUUCUUCAUUAUACCUCAUCUCUUCUACCAAUACCGGUCUCGAAUUCCUCAUUUGGUGAGUAG